CUGCUCCUGCUCUCUCUCCCCCAGGUGACCCUAGCCAUGAGAACCCUCAUCUUCCUUGCUGCUAUUCUCCUGGUGGCCCUCAAGGCCCAGGCUGAGCCACUCCAAGCCGAGGAUGAGCCACUCCAGGCAAGCACUUAUGAGGCUGAUGCCCAGGAGCAGCGUGGGGCAGAUAACCAGGACUUUACCAUCUCCUUCACAGCGGAUGCAAACUCAAGUAUUAGAGCUUUGGGCUCAACAAGGAGUUUCACUUGCAAUUGCAGAAGGUCCUGUUAUUCAACAGAAUAUUCCUAUGGGACCUGCACUGUCAUGGGUGUUAGCAACAGAUUCUGCUGCCUCUGAGGGAUGAGAACAGAGAGAAAUGUAUUCAUAAUUUGCUUUAUGACCCAGAAGGAAACUGUUUUAUGCCCUAUACUUUGUCAUCAACUUUGUUUCCUCAUCUCAAAUAAAGUCCUUUCAGCAAGUU